AUGUUAGUUAUGAUGAAUUGGCUAAUAUGGAACUGUAGAGGUGCGGGUAAGAAAAACUUUGUGAGUUUUGUGAAAGAUUGUACCAGGAUUUAUAACCUGGGAUUUGUUGCUAUCCUAGAGCCCAGAAUUGGAAACUUCAGAGCUGACCAAGUUAUUAAGAGACUAGGCUUUGAGUGUGUUGUCAAAGCUGACCCAGUGGGGUAUUCUGGAGGCAUUUGGUGCUGCUGGAAGCCCUCAGUGAUUUCUAUCAGAGUGAUCAAUGUGUCUCGUCAUUGUAUUCACCUUCAUGUGGAUCCAAAUAACCAAGGAGGUUGGUUCAUGUCCAUCAUCUAUGCUCAUCCUCAAGAGAGUCUUCGACUUAGCCUCUGGGAGGAGCUCAAAUCUUAUAAGAACCAGCUGCAGGGCCCUUGGUGUGCAGCAGGAGAUUUCAACUCUAUCUCUUGUGAAUCGGAAAAACAAGGGGGUAGCCCAGCUAAUAGAGCUGCUAUUAACAGGUUCAAGGAUUGUCUUGAUUACUGUGAAUUGGCAGAUUUGGGAGCAAAAGGUCCCCCUUUUACUUGGCAAAGGGGAGAACUCCUAGAAAGGCUCGAUAGGGUGGUUGCAAACCCUCUCUGGAGGAGCAUCUUCAGUUCUGCCUCAGUUACAAACCUUACCCUGCCCCCCUCUGACCACUGUGGUCUCUGGCUCAGGAUGAACCUUUCUAAUCAGGCUAGUCCCUAG